CAUCAGCCUGCUAAGAAUAUAAACACUACAAUGACGAAGCCAGGGGAAGGGGUGGGCCAGUGCAAGGCUCAGACACAGGACUAAGGAGCUGCAGAAGGACCAACCAAAGCUUGCUGCAUGUUGUCCACCAAGGGCUUCCCUGCAUCAUCCCCCUACUUGCAAACUACUCCUGGACUUCCCUGGAUUUGUCCUUGAUACAUUUGCAUAGACAACAGAUCAGAUCAAGGAAAUUGUCAAUAUUUACAGGAUUUAUUUAUUAUUUAUCUUAUCUUAUUUUAUUUUUAUUUAUAAUUUUUUUAUUUAUUUUUUUAUUAUUAUUUGUUGCAAGAAAGGGUUUCCAAACAUGAGUCAGAUCCUCUGGGCACAGACUCAAUGCAAAACCUAAAGUCCCUGGCUGAAGAUCCAAAGGGAGGAGAGGAGGCACAGGAUACAUUGUAGCUGGGAUUUAGUAAACUGUCUAUUUUUAAUUUUUUAUAUUUUGGAUUUUUUUUUUUCUGGUGCAUUGUGGUCCAAGGAGCUUGCAAUCUAAAUGUGUGACAUGAUUGAACCUCAGCCUCCCCAGAAGCUGAGCAAGAUGAAAAAGUUGAGGAGAACUUUGUCUGAGAGUUUCAGCAGGAUAGCUUUGAAGAAGGACGAGAACACCAUUGAUGAGAUAUGUGUCACCAAGAUGUCCACACGCAACUACCAGGGAAUGGACUCUGUGAUCAAACCACUGGACACCAUUCCUGAAGACAAGAAAGUCCGGGUUCAGAGGACUCAGAGCAGUUUUGACCCAUUCGAAAAGUCUGCAAACCAGGUGAAGAGAGUGCACUCUGAAAACAAUGCAUGCAUUAACUUUAAGAGCGCCUCCGUGGGGAAGGAGUCUCCCAAAGUCAGACGUCAUUCAAGCCCCAGCUCGCCAACAAGUCCUAAAUUUGGUAAGGCUGACUCUUAUGAAAAACUGGAAAAAUUAGGAGAAGGCUCGUACGCAACAGUAUAUAAAGGCAAAAGCAAAGUGAACGGAAAGUUGGUGGCACUGAAGGUGAUAAGGCUGCAAGAAGAGGAAGGAACUCCAUUCACGGCCAUCAGGGAAGCUUCAUUGUUGAAGGGGCUGAAGCAUACCAACAUCGUGCUGCUCCAUGAUAUCAUCCACACCAAGGAGACCCUCACCCUGGUCUUUGAAUAUGUGCAUACAGAUCUGUGUCAGUACAUGGACAAAUACCCCGGGGGUCUGCAUCCUGACAAUGUGAAGUUAUUUUUAUUCCAGUUGCUGCGAGGACUUUCCUACAUUCACCAAGGCCAUAUAUUGCACAGAGACCUGAAACCACAGAACCUUCUCAUAGGUGAUACGGGGGAGCUGAAGCUGGCCGACUUCGGUCUUGCACGAGCCAAAUCGGUCCCAAGCCACACAUACUCUAAUGAAGUAGUAACCCUCUGGUAUAGACCUCCUGAUGUCUUAUUGGGCUCCACAGAAUACUCCACCUGUCUGGACAUGUGGGGAGUAGGAUGCAUAUUCAUAGAAAUGAUGCAGGGAGUCGCUGCCUUUCCGGGAAUGAAAGACAUCCAGGACCAACUGGAACGAAUAUUUCUGAUUCUUGGAACACCUAAUGAAGAAACAUGGCCAGGCGUCCAUUCCUUACCACAUUUUAAACCAGACCGGUUCACACAGUACGGUCCUAAGAAUCUCCGACAAGCUUGGAACAAGCUAAGCUAUGUAAAUCAUGCUGAAGAUCUUGCCUCCAAAUUGCUCCAGUGUUUUCCCAAGAACCGAUUAUCUGCCCAGGCUGCCCUGAACCACGACUACUUCAGUGAUCUUCCCCCACGGCUCUUUGAGUUGGGCGAUAUGUCUUCCAUUUUUACUGUACCGAAUGUGAAGUUACAGCCAGAAGCUGGGGACAGCAUGCGGAUGUUUGGAAAAAACAAUAGUUUCAGUAAAAGUCUCUCGAACAGCAAGCACUGAUGAUCUCGUAUCACAGGGCAGAAUGUAGGAGAAUACAUCAAUCAUCGCAGAAGGAAAGUCAUGGAAUGAGAAGACAUUUGCCUUAUGGAUAGAGCGUUUGGUGGUUGAUCAUGAACCUUCCAUCGCAGCCGAGGAUCUCACGAGACAAUAUUCCACCCACCUCUUUGCUUCGAGCCUUGCACGCAGUUUGCUACCUUUUGAUUUAUAUGAAGAUUAAAACGUAAUACCUACACAGCACAUCUACAUUAUUUUUUUUAGUGUUUUUUUUUCUCCAUUUUCUUUCAGACAACACAUAGCCAUAUGCUCAUGUCUCUAAAUCUUCCUAAAUUUUUGUUCAACAAGGCUUUAAGCCCAGAAUUUUACGAUUUAUCCGUUUGCAAGACUUUUCUUAGAGAACGCAAAAAAAAAAAAAAUCUUGUUUGCAAUAAAUGUUUGAAGCAAAAUUCAUACCGGAUCAUUUAGUACAUACAUUUCUAUACAAGAACUUUCCUAUCAUUGGGCAUUGUGGGCCUGUUCUUAUGAUUAGCAAUAUUUUGUUGAACCUCGAAGCUUCACUACGAGGCUUUGAAGGAGAAAACUUUGCCAUUUGUACUUCACUACAACACUAUAUAAAUAUUGUAUUCAUGGUUUUUAGAAUAAAACAUAUAUAUAUAUAUAUAGAAUAUGAACGGGAAUGAAAGGGUUGGGUUGCAUUUUUUUUUUCCAGCCUUGGCGCUAAUGUAAAGUGAACAGAGAAUUGUGUGUUCUCCAUUUGCAUCCCCCCCCCCCCUUUUUUUUCUUUUUCUAAAAGUAUCUAAAGGGGUUGUCAAUGCAAAAAAUAACCACCCUCUACCCAAAUCGUGGAAAUGAUAAAAAAAAAUAAAAAAAAAUCCCUGCAUGGAUACUACCUCUGGCCCUUUGUGAUACUCAGGCUUCUUUUUUAUUUUAUUUUUUUACCCACCAUACAUUUAGUUUACAAAUGUUAGAUGGAGCAGCGAUUCCGGUCUGCCGCACAGCAGGAAACCCCAACACCGACUAGAAUCUGAUAUACCAAUCACCUGCAUGUAAACCCAGACCAAUU